UACUACGCGCUCGCGGGCGGCGGCCCGCAGACCUCGGGCGACUUCCUGACCGGCGGCCGCAGCCUGGGCGCCGGGCCCGUGGCGCUGUCCCUCACCGCCAGCUUCAUGUCGGCCGUCAGCGUCCUGGGCACCCCCGCCGAGGUCUACCGCUUCGGCGCCGUCUUCGGCGUCUUCGGCCUCGCCUACCUCCUGAUGGUGGUGCUCAGCGCGGAGGUCUUCCUGCCGGUGUUCUACAAGCUGGGCGUCACCAGCACCUACGAGUACUUAGAACUUCGAUUUAAUAAAUAUGUUCGUCUCUGUGGAACAGUCCUCUUCAUUGUUCAAACAAUUCUGUAUACCGGAAUUGUUAUUUAUGCUCCUGCCCUGGCUUUGAAUCAAGCCACGGGAUUUGAUCUGUGGGGUGCGGUAGUCACAACGGGGGUGGUCUGCACAUUCUACUGCACACUGGGCGGUCUCAAAGCAGUUGUCUGGACGGAUGUUUUUCAAGUUGGGAUCAUGGUGGCUGGAUUUGCAUCCGUGAUUAUACAGGCUUCAGUAAUUCAAGGUGGAUUCAGCACUAUUUUAAAUGAUGCUUAUAAUGGUGGAAGAUUAAACUUCUGGAAUUUUAAUCCUAAUCCUUUGCAAAGACAUACAUUCUGGACAAUAACUAUUGGAGGAACCUUCACGUGGACCAGCAUCUAUGGUGUCAACCAGGCUCAAGUACAAAGAUAUAUCUCCUGUAAGAGCAGAUUGCAGGCCAAAUUGUCUCUCUACAUCAACCUUGUAGGACUUUGGGUAAUCCUCGCCUGCUCAGUGCUCUCUGGGCUCUCCCUGUACUCCAGGUACCAUGACUGUGAUCCUUUAACAGCCAAGAAAGUGUCUGCGUCAGACCAGCUCAUGCCCUAUUUGGUCCUGGACAUUCUGCAAGAUUAUCCAGGCCUUCCUGGACUUUUUGUGGCCUGUGCUUACAGUGGAACAUUAAGCACAGUGUCCUCCAGUAUUAACGCCUUGGCAGCCGUGACUGUGGAAGACCUCAUCAAACCUCGCUUCAGGUCCCUCUCAGAACGGUCUCUGUCUUGGGUUUCCCAAGGAAUGAGUGUGCUGUAUGGAGCCCUGUGUAUCGGAAUGGCUGCGCUGGCGUCGGUAAUGGGCGCUUUGUUACAGGCGGCACUCAGCAUAUUCGGCAUGGUUGGUGGACCACUUAUGGGCAUGUUUGCUUUGGGCAUUUUGGUUCCCUUUGCCAACUCAGCUGGAGCACUUGUUGGUCUGAUGACUGGAUUUGCCAUUUCUUUAUGGGUUGGAAUUGGAUCUCAGCUUUAUCCUCCACUUCCUGAGAGAACGUUGCCACUGCCACUUGAAACCUAUGGCUGUAACAGCACGUACAACGGGACAGACUUGAUGACAACCACAGAAGUGCCCUUUUCUACUAGUGCUUUUCAAAUGCACAAAACUGAAAGGACUCCACUGAUGGAUAACUGGUAUUCUCUGUCCUAUCUGUACUUCAGCACUCUCGGGACACUGGUGGUGUUAUUCGUGGGAAUACUUAUCAGUUUAUCAACAGGUGGAAGAAAACAGAACAUAGACCCCAAAUUCCUACUAACCAAAGAUGACUUCUUAUCCAAUUUUGACUUUUUAAAGAAAAAGAAGCAUGCUUUAAGCUAUAAGUCGCAUCCGGUGGAAGAUGGUGGAACUGAUAACCCGGCUUUCAACCAUAUUGAAUUGAACUUCCCAGAUCACAGCGGCAAGCUCAGUGGAACUCGCUUGUGAUGCAGUUCUGACACUAGAUGACCUUGAAAGUGUCUCAAUUUUGUGUGUUUUCUAGAAGUGGAUGAGGCUUAGAUUUUUCAGGGGGUCAACCUUGAGUGUUUUGGGGGAUAACUUUUUGUUAAAACCAAGUCCUGACUUUCUUCACUUACUACAUCACAAAUUGACAUCACUCUGGAGUUAAGAGUCUUGGCACCACCUUUCCCUAUCUCUUUUGUUGCAGUGAAGCUGUAGGUGUGAAAGUUAUGUCUGCGUGUGAGCUGGAAGGCUAAUACACACAUGUGCACA